AUGACUACGGGACUAGAGGCCUUCGUGGUGGAAAUGGAAUUGGGAAUUAAUAAUGGGAUUUUAGGAGAAAGGGAGGACGUGGAGAAGUUGAUUGCAGAGCAUAAGGUGGACCACAAGCUGAUUGUGCUUGAUGUGGGGCUCAAGCACUGUGGGCGCUGUGUGAAGGUGUAUCCGACGGUGGUGAAGCUGUCCAGGAAGCUGUCAGACACGGUGGUGUUCGCGAGAAUGAACGGUGAUGAGAAUGAUAGCUGCCUGCAGUUCCUCAAGGACAUGGAGGUGGUGGAGGUGCCUACUUUCUUGUUCAUUAGAGAUGGUGAGAUUUGCGGGAGGUAUGUGGGCUCUGGUAAAGGGGAGCUUAUUGGUGAGAUUCUGAGAUACCAAGGAGUCCGUGUGACUUAUUAG